CUACUUGCUGGCUACUGAGGCCCAAUUAGAAAUGAUGCAUCGACUAUUGCCCUCGGUGCGCAUGAUCGCCACCCUUCGUAACCCAACGGAUCGCGCCUUCUCACAGUAUCAGCAAGAAUGUCGCCAAGGCUUUGUUUUGAUUGGAAAAAGCCCGGCCGUCAAAGGGAGGGUUGUGUUUGCCCGCAGGCCCGAUUGGGCUUUGCACACUGCCCAACGCCUGGGCCUGGCCAACGUCAGCAAGGAGGACUUUGAAACUGCUACAUUCCCGUGUUCCAACGACCAUUUUCUUGCCAUGCUCAUGGGCAACGGGACCGGGCCUGACAUUGACCUCAGCCGCAGCUUGGCCUUUCGCAUCAUCUCCACUGGCUAUUAUCGCGAACAACUGGACCGAGUGCUCGCAUUGUAUCCACGCAAACAGCUGCAUGUUCUUCUCCACGAGGCGUUUAUGCACAACCCCAUCGCGGAGAUGGAAAAGAUUGAAGACUUUCUCGGUGUGCCCCGCAUGCCUUAUGCCAACAUGACCAGGAUCACAGAUUCGGGCUUUAUCGCGCUGAAAAACGUGCGCAGCAAAGCGGACAAGCUUCGCUACGAGAAGCUCAGCCCAAGCACCCGCGAAAAGCUCGACCGCCUCUACCGCCCCCACAACCAAGGCCUGCUGGACUUUUUUGACAAGGAACAGCUCCGAAAAGCCUGGCACAUCUCCCUCUGA